CAGGGACCUCCGAACUAAAAGCAUCACAUCGGCGUCCCUAAAUAAGAAGCAGUAAAUAAGGUGUGCUCAGAUAGCGGCUGUUUUUGGAGACAUAAUCUAAAGGGAGGACAGAUGAUUCACCUCAGGACGCAUGAAAAGAUAUUGAGUGCGCACCUUCUCUGGCUCCGUCCUUGGACCCCUGUCAACUCAACAGUCGACUUGCAAGCAGUGGGAAGAUUAUUCUUUCUAACUGAGAUUUUGUCCCUUGGGUCCCAGAAAAUGACAAGCUCUCUGGAGAAAGUCGUAGCUCAGAAGAAGGAGGCCAUCGAGGCACUGAUGGAUAUGUUUGAGAAGGGGUCCGAGGUGUUGGCGAGCGCCGUGGGUGAACUCUUUCCCCUCUGUGAGGCUGCUGCUCCGGUUCUGAGGCUAGCCUUGGACAACGUCCAGAGCAAAGAGGUGUUUUAUGUCAAAGAGCAGUUCCUGACGGUGAGGAACAAGCUGGACGUGCUCUCCAGCCAGCUUGAAGACAUUGACUCGGAGAUCAAGAAGGGAAAGUUGGACCUCAACUACUUCUCCGUGGAAGAGAACAUCAGGAACCAGUUUCGGAAGUACAUUGAUAUCUUGGAGACGAAGCAGCAGUUCAGGAGUGUGAAGACUAGGCUGUUUUUGGAGCACUUUGCCAGAACUGGUGGAGAGAAGAACCUUUAUGUGCUCUAUGAUGCUCUGAUGGGAACGAACAGUUUUGGAGAACCGAUUUUAGAGAUAGUAGAGAGGUAUGUGGUGAGGAACCGCCGGCUCCUGGAAGAUUUCUGUGUUCGGAUGAAGGAGCUCUUCUGCCUGGGCUUGAUUGCUCUGCUGGGCCACUGCGCCCUCACCUUGCAGAGCCAAGAGGAAGAGCAGGACAAGAUCCAAGAGUGGAGCACCAAAAUUGAAGAGGUGGAGUCCAAGAUGAAGACCACCAUUGAGUCCUGCAUCACUGCAUUUCCAGAGCAAGCAAAAUUAGACAUGGAACGCCUCCUGCAAGAAGAAGAAGAUGAAAAUCUUCAGGAUGCAGCACAGCGGCUUCUGGCGUUCCUGGUGAAAAAGUAUGAUUGGGUUUCCUGGUCUGUGCGGCUGAUUAACCAUUCAGGCAGCACCUUCAAGAACCUGCGAGCAGGAAAGCACUUUUACCAUGUGGCAGGACAGAACUGGUUCGAGGUGCUUCAAGUGAACAACAUCAACCUGGUGGUCUCGUUCAGCACAAAACCCCAGCCGGUUCCCCGCGACUGCAUCCGGCAGCUGAUGGAGGGUCCGGGGAAGAAGGGAAACGCUCCAGAGGUGGUGGAGGUGUUGGAGAAACAACUGUGCGGGUUCAUCGUUCAUGCUGUUAGUCGUCACAAAGAGUCUGCAGCUGCGUGGAGCUUUCCGGAUGAUUUCCACUACUGGGAACAUCACAAGAACGUGGUGGUGUGUGUGCACUCAGAAUGAAGCUGAAGUGAAGGAUUUAGGGUUUAUUCUGCCAUUCAGAUGUAGGUACCUCUGUCCUGCUGCAACACAGUGGCAUAAAUCAUCAGUAUUUAUGGUAAAUGCAAAACUGUAUUUAUAACUAUAGUAGUUUUUCUCUUUAAUCUCGCUUUUCAUACUCCGUAGCUACUUUAACGGCAUCAAGACCCAAAGUACUGCGUGGAUUUUCCAUAAAUUCAGCAAAGUCAAAAUCCCAAAGGUAUUCAUAUUACAUGCUUAUUAUUAUCAGCAACUCAUUAACUCAUGUCAUUCAUACAUUUGAUUGUUACUGAUGCAUUUCAGUUGCAGGAUAUGUAAAAGAAGCGAUCUUCCAAAGUAGUUUCCAACCGGCGGAAGUUUUAAGGAUUUCAGGAAAGAUUUUUUCUUUUUUUUUUUGAUGGAUAAGAAAGAAAAUUUUAUGAAAACCAAGUCAGCGUUUGUAGGCAGCAGGAGUUCAUUAAGGGUUUCAAACAUUCAGGAAACUUAAGUAAAAUUAAAACAUUACGUUUUGAAUUUGCUUCCAUUUAAAAUAUUUCUCUUUUAAAUUUCAAACAGAUAUUUCAGAUAUUUUGUUCAACGUUUAACUGACUGCAGACAUCUAAUUUUGUUCUUAAAAUUUGUCCCAGGCCACUUCUAAAAGGCAGAGACUUGGUAAUAAUAGAAAAUAAACCUCCUAAGUAAAAACUCUGCUGGGAAAACAAAUAGUCUCCAUUUUAUUAGAAGACCGGGUCCUAAGGCUGAACCAUGAAACAAACACAUAUAAACACAUGCACUCUUAUUUUGCACUUUGCUAAACAUGUAAGAACAUACAUGUGAUUAGUGCUUAGAAUUGGAUUUUACAUACACUACAUAUUACAUAUAAAGCAAAAAAUAAACUUAUUUUAUUCUGAAAACGUUGCAGAUAUUUUUGGCUUCGACCACAUAAGAAAAUAUAAAAACUUUAUUGUUCAACUUCCUCUGACCUUUCUUUCUGAACAAGCAUACAUGGACAAAUGUGCAAAACACUUCAUUAAACCACUUUAAUAUAAAAAAAAACCAUUACACUGUCUAUUUGAUUUGGUUUUUGUUCAAGGACAUAACUGUAGAUGGUACAAAUGAGUUCUUCUAAAUGUUCUUCCGGGCCAGCGGGUCUUUGUAACGAUUCAUGGCAGCAUCUGAAAGUUGUUGUGUUGUGGAUGUGAAAGGUCCUCAGUUGUCAGGGUGGCUUUCCUGGUCAAUGAGCGACUAUAACGAUCUGAUAAAGAGGGUCGAAGUGAACCAUUUAUUGCUCCAGAUUAUUUAAUUAUUCUGUUAUGUUGAUUGUUGUUUUACUUUAAGAACAUUGAACCAGGAUGUAAUGUUGAAGAUUAAAAUAGAGCCGAUCAAGGAUUUGUGGAUCAAGAUCAAUGUGUUCCUGCUGCAUUAAAAAGUCUUCAGUUUCCUCAGCUGGUAGAGAUGUUGUUGGGUCUUCUAAAUGGAGUCAGUGUGAUGUGAGAAAGACAAGUUUGUGUCCAAAUCUGUGCUCCACCUGCUGGCUCUGAAGGAUCAGGGACUUAAACAGAUGCUCUGGGGUUUUGCUUCAGCCUGCACAACACAGCUCCUUUGUUUCCGUUCAGUUCCGGGGAGUUCUGAGAGAACAUCUGGAGAAGACUGUGGACCAUUUUUUCAUAGUGGGAGAGAGCGCCAGGUCCGGUCAGGUGUGCCAUCAGAGCCAUGUCAUUUGCAUAUUUAAAAUGGAUUCAUUCCUUCACUGCUGGAGUCUAAUAUUUAAAACAAAUGAACUCAAUUUAAAACCAUUUAAAAGCACCUGUUCCCAUCUGUUCAAUAGAAAACGCUGAGUCCAUAAGAUUAGACUCGAGUGAACCUGUAAAUCAGACAGAUAUUAUAACAGGUUGUUAAUGUUAACUGUUUUAAAAGCAGAGGAGAAGUCCACACACCAAACGUAGUGUAAGGAAGUCCAGGUUCCUUGUGUCUAGGAGUACGAGGCUUGCAUCUUCCACACCACGCCUUGGUUUGUAGGCGAUCUAUAAUGGAUCCAGUUAGUCGGCCAUUCUGUCAGUCAUCCUCUCCAUACAUUUACUCAGAGCAUAAGCACCUUUAUUAGUUACAGCUGUUAACUGUCAAGAACAAAAUGGAAACCACAGAUAAUUGAUGUUUUUACCUUACUAACCACAUGCCUUUUAAACAGAAAUGUGCACUAGCUUUGUGACCUUCAUUACCUCAGGCGCCUGCUGUAACGCUGCAGACAACAGCUUCGCCGCCUUUAGCUCCACAGAAAAGGCUUGACUGAGUCUACAUCUACAUCCCAGAGCUCCAGUUUGGUUUCCCAGCAGGCUGACCCACAUAACUCUGACAGGGAACAGAGAGGCUGCUUUUUCAGGCGUGAACAAAACACCAUGCUGAGUUCUCAGAUGUGACAAUGGGCCUAAAGUUUUAAAGAGAGCGAGCUCUAAAAUGAAGAAACUCACCACUGUGCUUACAGCUGCAGGGUUGGUUUAAAUUACUGGCAGGUAAGAAAUAUUCUGCAUCAGUGCAUUUUUGUAACAUUCCAAACGAUUUUUGUGUUAAUUUAAGCUUUCUGUCCAAAGGUGAUGGAUAAAUACUGGAUCUACAAACUCUUUAUGCUGCUGUUUUUCCUCUCUGUUCACACUCAGCGUUCCAAAUACAUUUUUCUUUCUGUAUUUCAGAUGAACAGAAGUGAAUUUUGCCUGAAAAUUAAUGACAGUAAAAUGUUUUCCCAUGUAUCUACUAUGCAUGAAUAAUAUUCGGAGCAGGAAUGUUUUACUUUAUUUUUUCAUUUACAAUAAAAACCAGUGCUUGAUCAGUG